AUGGCCCGUCGCUCCCAGAGUUCUUCAGUGGGAGACAACCCCCUGGAUCCCAAUUAUUUGCGUCCGCAUUACCGGGAAGAGUAUCGCAUGGCUAUCGAUGCCCUGGUGGAGGAGGACAUUGAGGGCUACUACAACUUUUUACAAAGUGCUAAUGUAGUUGACUUUUUAUCAAGGUCAGAGAUCGAGCAUAUUAAAAGCACUGUGCAUUCACCACAGAGUGCUGGAAAUGUACCAGAACUGCCGUAUCGAGAAAUAGAUCAGGAUGGGUCUUCUGACACCUACUGGCCGCUGCAUUCUGACUUGGAUGCACCGGGGCUAGACCUUGGAUGGCCUCUGCAGCAACAUAGUUUUGUGGGUCCCACAGAGGUCACAAUGUUGGUAAACCCCGCUGACCCCGAACUUCCCAGCAUUAAGGAGCAGGCACGGCGACUCAUCAAAAAUGCUCAUCAGGUCAUUGCAAUAGUGAUGGAUAUUUUCACAGAUGUUGAUAUAUUUUCCGAUCUUCUGGAUGCUACAGCACGUCAUGUGCCUGUCUAUAUUCUGCUGGAUGAACAAAAUGCCCAUCAUUUUGUUAACAUGGUGGCAAGCUGUAAAGUUAACCUGGAUAUGAUCCAUAUGAUGCGGGUACGGACAGUAGCAGGCAUUACCUACUUCUGCCGCUCAGGAAAAUCAUUUAAAGGUCAAGUGAUGGACCGCUUUCUUCUGACUGACUGCAGAGCAGUGAUCAGUGGAAACUAUAGCUUUAUGUGGUCUUUUGAGAAGAUCCACCGCUGCAUCGCCCAUUUGUUCCUUGGAGAACUAGUUGCCACUUUUGAUGAGGAGUUUCGUAUUUUGUUUGCUCAGUCUCAGCCUCUUGUUGUUGAAAAUGCCCUUGUACCCAUGCCACAAGAUAGUUACCUUGGCAGCCAGUUUGGCUUGAAAAGAACUCAGUCACUAAGGAAUCCCAGAGGAUAUCAUCGCCAGCCUGAACUUACUGGUUUCCCAUUCGGGGAUCGUCUUGAUUCUGUACUACCUUUUCGGAGGGAUGACCCGUUCCGCCAUACGAUUGAUCCAAGUGCAGGUCCUAUGCAGGUCACAAAAUAUGCAACACAGCAGUUCAAGAUGCAACAGUCAUUCUUGGAUCAAGGACGCUCAAUGAUGGCGUCCCGGCAGCUGGAAAUGAACGCUUUUAAGAGGCAUAGCUAUGCCGAGGGAACCCGCGAGACCUACGCCUCCUCCCGGCAGUACAUGAAACAACGUGUAAUGAACAACUUGGAGGAGAUGGAAUCGCAUUACCAGCGAGAACAACAUUACUAUCAGAGCGAGGGCAUGGGACCUGAUUCUGAGCGUGGGCCAUAUGACCGCCUUAACUACGGCAUGUACCAGGCAGAUCAACAGUCUGAAUCUGCAUAUCCACCUGAACUUGAAGCACCAGGAAAUAUGAAUAUUUUAUCCUCUGAUGACCUCAAAAGUGAUUCAGAAAAACAAUAUAACACAGGAGGGGGACGCUAUGGUCCACAAAGCCACAAGAGGCCUGCUGCGGGCCACUCGUAUGCCUGUCAGAGUUCGCCAACUCAGCCACAUCCUCCAGACCACAAGCAGUUGUUCUCCACUGGAGAACAGGUACGGCAGUCCGAGGACCCCGGUGUGAAGCAGGGAUUGCGGAGCUGGAGAAUCAACUCUUAUCUCAGCACUUAUGAAGAUGCAGGAGAGGAGGGCCUGCAUCAGCCCAUGGGUCAAGAUGCUUUUGAUGAGCCAUAUCAACAACCUGACAGCAGACUUUAUGGCUCAGAGGGACCAGGCCUUAACUUUAACAUUAGAGAGCGUCAGAAAAUCCCAACUAAGCCAAACCUUGACUUGCGACCACGCUAUGGUAAACCCAUCAUUCAAGAUAGGAAUCAGGUAAAAGAUGUUACCUCUGACUUCGGUCCCACAAGUACUGACACAUUAAAGCCAGCAAUUUCAGCUUCAUCACUAGCAUCUUCAACAGACAAUGAGAAGGAGGUGGAACCGAGGGAACCGAUUAGCAUUACCAAGCACGAGUCGUUCCGAUCUCGAAUUAACCCAAUGCUGCAAAGGAGCUCAAGACUACGGUCUUCUUUAAUCUUCAGCUCCUCAAAGCUGGAGCAACACAGUUCCUCGCAAGCCAAGUCUGGUGGGGAGUUACAAGAGGAGAAAGAUGAGAGUGAGCCUGUUCGAUACUCGUCCAUUGUGGCAGAGAUUCUCGAGAAGAGGAGAUCGCUGUCAAGAGAGCCGUUUGAUUGGAGCAAGCAUAAAAAAGCAGAUGAAAAAGAUGUUAAAAACUCAUCAACAGGAGACCUGACUACGAUCAAAGACGCCAAAGAGGAGCCCAUCAAAGAAAACGAGAAACCUGACAACCCUGAACCUAAGGACAACAAAGUUACACAGCCAACAGAGCCUUCGAGACCUAAGCAAACAACUUCUUCCCUAAACGUGAAUGAUCCAGCAAGCCGACUUAAGUACUUUAAAGAUCUGGAAGAAAAGAGAAAGACCUCAAAAUUAGAGUUAGAUUUGGAUACUAAAAGUCGAGAAGCAGCCAAGAAAAAGCCAGACCCCUCUGAUACAGCAACCAAAGUUCCAAAUGUGCUUAUUACUUCAGAGGACUCCACUGUGAAGACACAAGAACCAUCAUUUACCCUAGCAGAUCCUGUACCACAGCGCCUGUCGGUCACAUCAAAUCCAAAACCUACUGAAGUCUGUGUGGACAGGCCGCACACGAACAGUAAAACUCUGACAGAGAGCACAGCUGAUGCGGCAAAGAAAGAGCCUGCUAAGGAGCCAACUAAGUCACUUCGGCCUUUCCCUUCACCCAAGUUCUUAAAACCAUUCAAAAGCUCUCAGUCCUCUCAUCGUCGGAUCUCAUGCGGUGAGGAGAUUCUCACGGAUGCGACAGAUGCGGAAAAGAGUGAGCUUAAGAAGUCCCGCAGCCUCAGCACAUCGGGCAUUUCCCGCGCAGAGUCCAAAGAAAGCCUGAGCUCCCUAAACCUUGGAAGCUCCGAUGGUAAAGAUACAAAGGCCCUUGACUUCCUCAAGAAACAAACGCAGAGACUGAAGGGUUUCCUUGGGCCAAAGGGAGAAAAGAAGCACUCCGGAGUGUCCAACUCUCAAGAGGACAAGUCAAUGAAAACAGUCCCUGAGGUGCAAGAGGAACCCUCGGACAAAGAGAAACCCUCUGAAACUUUAACCACAGUAGAGACCAACAAACCUAAUGCUAAACCAACUCAGUCCCGCUAUCAGUCCUCUACCUCGAAUGUAAUAUUCAGUAGCAACCUCAGGGAUGAUACCAAGGUGAUCCUAGAGCAAAUCUCAGCAAAUAGCCAGAAGAAUAGACAGCAGAACGAAGAGUCUGGGAAAAGCGAGGGGGGCAAGGAAGACGAUGUUUCCAAUUCUUCUUUCCAAAGCCGGAACCGGUUCGGCCGAACUCCAGUCAACCCACAGGAGAGGGACAAUCUGCUGAAGAGAAUAGAGAGCAUGCGCAAAGAAAAGAAAGUCUACAGUCGCUUUGAGAUGGGGAAUAACCUGGGAUAACAAAACAUGGAGGAAGGGGCCAGAGAAGUGUAAAGAGAACUAAAAAAAAUUGUACCAAACAUCCCCAAUACUGCUGUGAGAGAUAAAAGCGUCUGCUAAAUGACAUGGUCCAUGGAUCUCAUAUAAACACCACGAAAAUAGCACAAGCUCAAAUAUGAGGAGUCUUGCUGUAGCAGGAGGAAUAUUCCUCGCUCUGUGCCAAUCUGAGCCCACAGAUGAUUCACUUUGCCCUUAUAAGGCAUCAGGGCAUACCUCAACAGUAAUCACACUGCAAUCCCUGCAGAAUAGAGAAACACAAAUCAGGCCAAAGGAGGGUUCGAACGUCAAGAGGCUUUUCUCAGCUUUUUCUGCUGGACCUUUUAGUUCCUUGUGAUGCAAAUAUACGCCAUUUUCAGCUCUGGUAAAGGAAAUUAACAUGUCAGGGCAGAAGCUGAGUUAUGCUACUCUGAAGGCACUAAAACACACCCUCGUUAAAGUACACCACACAAACGCCCCAGGACACGUCAUGCUGAAAUUAUGCUUUGGUGGUGACUGUGCCAAUGGAUCAUAGGCAUAAAGGAAACCAGAGAUGGUUGGUAGACAACGCUUUUACUUUUGAAGGCAAAGAACACAGAACAUCUGCAAAAGUCAUGACUGGAAAGUAUUUAAGGGAUGUAUGAAACUGAAAGGAGGCUUGUUCAUUAAUUUUUCCUCUAUUUAAACCAUGUGCUGUCAAGGAAGUGGAUUGAAAGCUGAGAAAGUGAUAUGGGGGGUGUGGGGGGGUGGAGUUGAAUGAAUUUUAUUACGCCAGCAAUCAGAAUUUGCAGUAUAAUGGUUGCAGACCUACUACACGUGUACAUUCCUGCAUGAACUGUGUUGUCAGGAGAAACUGUAGAAUAUUAGGUUGAUAAAUAUGUUCUCAGGACUGGCCUUUGGCCUGUAUUUUUUCAAUGCAAAAUGAAAUUAAGACAGAACGGUAUUACUGAACACCAAAGAAUUCCCAGGGUGCUCUGCUGGAUGUGUCAUAGGACUGAUGGAAACUGGAAGUUGAUCUAAUUAGGAAUAUCUGAUCGAGGAGUAUGAUGGAGUUUGACUUUAAUAGAGUAUCAUCGAUACAAUUUAUGUAUAUAAAUACAAAUCUUGGGGAAUUUAGGCUUGUUUACAAACUUUUUUUAUUGUGUCUUAAAUUCUGAAUAAAUGGUUUAGAAACGUUUA